CAAUCUCUACGAUGUUCAAUCCUUAUAAGAGUAGGAAAAUCAGACUUGACAUUAUAUAUAAAUCGAGUCCAAUUCCAAGAUCUAUACCUCUAAAAUUACAAUCAAUCUUUUAUUUGUUCUAAGCAAUUCUGGACGCUUCAAACCUUCAAAAUUUCCUCUUGUGCCUUUUAAAACCCUCUCAAUUCCUUCAAAAUCUUCCUCCGAUCACUCUGUUUCAAGCCUCUGAUCUCUUCACCUUCGAAUCUUUUUGCAAAUCAGAUCAUUUCUCAAAUACCCAUCUUUGAUUUUGUUCUUUUUUUACUAAAUUUUUCUGGGUUAUAGGGAAAUUCUGUUGGGUUUGUUUGUUUGAUGCUGUGUUGUGAUGAUGGAUAGUUGGAGAAGACAACCAAGAUCACAGAACAGAAAACCGCCUAUAGGUAAUUGGCAGCCAACUGUGCCUUCAUGGGAAAAGAAAUUUUGCACUGUGGUUGGUUCGGUUCCUUGGCGAAAGAUUGUAGAAACCAAGAAGUGUAUACACCUAUAUGACAACGUGUUAAAAUGGAAUGACUCUGCAGGUGAAGAGGCAUUCCACAAUGCCAAGAACCGUUUCUGGGCUGAGAUAAAUGGCUUUCCCUGUGACAUAUCGUUGCCCAAUCCCGACAUUCAUAUUGAUAAGAUAGAUUGGAAUUCAAACAUUGAUCCCGAGUUGCUAUUAGAUUUGGAACGUGAAUUUGUGGUACCAGAUGAUCAAGAAAAACGUGAGCAGGUUGUGAUUAUCGGUGAACCUCUUGUCCCAAGUGAGUCAUUCUCUCCGGCUGGUUGGGGAGAUGCUGAAGUGGAUGUGAAGAAGGCAACCAAUUCAACCUUGGAAAAUAAGGGAAGUCCAUGGGAGCUCAAUUGUGCUCAAGAUAAUGAACCCAUUCAAGCGACUGGAUGGGGUGAAAUUUGGAAUAAUCCCAGGGAAAGGAAUCAUUGGGAGGGUAAUAAUUACGGGUCUGAUAACUCAAGGUUUCAUGGUAGGCACAACAUGUCAAGGUAUAAAACCUCGAGGUUUCAUGGUGAUGACAAUCUUGCAAAUCGGGAAUGGAGGAAUGGAAAUGGCAAGAAGAGGGCAAAUUUUGUUCACGAACAAUCAUUUACAGAUAAAAGACCCGCGUCAAGGCAGUGGAACGGGAUGAAUGCAUGCGGACCAAUAAGCCACCAUGGAUCGUCCAAGCCAGGAGAUCAGUGGAGUUGGGAGAAAUCAGUUUCUUGAAUGUGAAGCAAAAUAACAAAAUGUUCUUUGGUUCAUUCUAUUCUAUUAUUUUUAUUGUGUGUUGGAGAGAAUGGUAAAUAAUACAAUUUAUAUUUUUGUAGUUUGUUUAGGAAGAGUUCCUCCUCUGAGAUUUUGAACAAUUUUUGCAGUGUCGGGGGAGGAUAUAUAUAUAUAUAUAUAUUCAAGUAAUGAGUGUGUUUUGGAGUUGCCAAUGCAUAUAAGUAUGAAUUUGUUAAUUUGAUCAGGCAGGUUAAUAAUAAGACCUGUUACCCACGAGGGUUAGUCUACUGCAUCAUUUACAAGUCUUUUUGGAAAUAUCAGCAAAGUUGUAUUCGUUUUUUUC